AUGGCAAUGCAGGCAUGCAGGCAGUGCAGGGAGUACAGACAGAAAGGCAGUACAGGCAGUGCAGGGAGUACAGGCAGUGCAGGGAGUACAGACAGUACAGCCAGAAAGGCAGUACAGCAGCUGGCAGUGCAGUCCAGCAGCCGGCAGGUCUGUCACAGAGUGCAUGCGCGACCCGGAGGCAUUACAGCUGUUUCCGCAUGUCAUCCGUGGCUGCUGCCUAAGGAAGAAGUUUCUCCUCUGGGCAGGCUGCCCGUCCAGCCUGAAGACCCUUGUCAGCUCCUCGCAGGCAGCCCUGGGCAGCGAGAGCAGGUCUAUGAGGACUAUGACUGCACCCUGAACCAGACCAAUAUCAGUGCCAACAACAACAAGUUCUACAUCAUCCAGCUCCUUGAGUAUAAUGGUUCCUACGGUGUCUGGAGACGCUGGGGCCGUGUGGGAGAGGUGGGCGAGUCUAAGCUCAUAACAUGGAAAUCCCUGGAUGCUGCCAAGAAGGACUUUGAGAAGAAGUUUCGAGAGAAGACCAAGAACAGCUGGGACAGAAGGGAGAACUUCAUUGCCCAGCCCGGGAAGUACACACUCAUUGAGGUGGAGCGGGAGGUGAACCUCACCAGGGCAGGAGGUGGAGGUAGCCCUCAGGAUGUGAAGAAGAUGCCUCUGGGGAAGCUGAGCAAGCAGCAGCUUGUGAGGGGCUUUGAGGCCCUGGAAGAGCUGGAGGCAGCACUGAAGGAGCAGCCACCCCAGGCCGCUCGCCUGGAGGAACUCUCCUCACGCUUCUACACCAUCGUCCCACACAACUUUGGAUGGGCACGACCACCCACCAUCAACUCCCCUGACCUGCUGCGUGCCAAAAAGGACAUGCUAUUGGUGCUAGCCAAGAAUGCAUUGGCACAGAGCCUGCAGGCACAGAACAUGAUGGAGGAGGAAGAAGAGAACAAAGUCCCUCAUCCACUGGAUUAGGAUUAUUCCCUGCUCUGCAGCCAGCUCUCCCAGCUGGAGCCUGCUGAAGAAAUCCAGCAGGUUCUCAUCUCUUUGUUAUGCAAGUGGGGGUCCCGUCUCUUUGUUGAUCGCUGUCACCCGGCUUCCCGGGAAUACCAGCUGAUCAAAACCUACGUGACACAGACUGGGCAUAAUCUCCGCAUUCUCAACAUCUGGCAGGUGGCCCGGGAUGGUGAGGAAGAGCGUUUCAAGGCCCAUGACCUGCUGGAGCACCGGCGCCUGCUUUGGCACGGCACCAACGUGGCGGUGGUGGCGGCCAUCCUCAAGAGCGGGCUGCGCAUCAUGCCGCACUCGGGCGGGCGCGUGGGCAAGGGCAUCUACUUCGCCUCUGAGAACAGCAAAUCAGCCAGCUAUGUGGGCUGUACGUCAAAGAGGGUUGGCAUCAUGUUCCUGACGGAGGUGGCCCUGGGCAAGCCCUACCGCAUCACCCGCGAUGACCCCACGCUGUGUCAGCCACCUGCUGGCUAUGACAGUGUCCUGGCCUGUGGCCGGACAGAGCCAGAUCCUGCCCAGGAUGAGGAGGUGCUGCUGGAUGGCAAGAAAGUGCUGGUGUGCCAGGGCAAGCCCAUCCCCAUGGCUGCCUACAAGGACUCCUCCUUCAGCCAGAGCGAGUACCUCAUCUACCAGGAGAGCCAGUGCCGGAUCCGCUACCUUGUCCAGCUCUGCUUCUGAGGGUGCCUGGCAGCACCACAGCCCUGGCCCAGCAGCAGGUGGUGACACCCCUCAGCCCAGAGCACAGUGAUCUGGACUCUCCAGCCACCCCACCUGGGGCUUAGCAAGGGACAGGCUGGCACAGGGACUGAGCUUGCUUAUGACCCAAUAAAAGAUAUUUAACA